ACAACCUGCAGAUAUGGAGUUGUUCACAGACAAUUUGAAUGAGACAUUCCAAAUAGAAAGGCAAACUAACAUUAGACACAGAAGAUCUCGACACGUUAACAUAUCUAGUCGAACAGAAGAAAGACAUGUAUCCAGAAGAGAUACAGAAAAUAUAGAAAAUGCUUCCAAUGUACAGAGAAUAGCAGUUACGCCUGCAAUAAUAGAAACGAUACAAGAUGGAGAAAAUUCUUCCAAUACACAGGAAACACGUACAUCUGAAAUAAUGGGAAAUACACAAACAACGCAACAUGAAUCUCAAUUAAUAACUGCCACAUCUGAUUUGGAAACCGCAAUCUCACAAACGACGAAACACGAAUCUCAAUUAAUGACUGUCACACCUGAUUUGGAAACCGGAAUCUCACAAACGACGCAACAUGAAUCUCAAUUAAUAAAUAUUACUUCUGAUUCAGAAACUGAAUCCUUAAAUACACAAGAUCCAUCGAUAUAUGAAGAUCCCGAUGAUGAUUAUGGAUAUCUUGAUACAAACACAAAUGCAAGCACAUCUACAAAAGAACAUUCAUUUCAUCCUGUAGACUGGAAUAUAGAUACAUUGAAAAAAAAUUCUGAGUUAAACAAUUGCACAGUGUGUUAUGAGAACGAAAGAACGCACCUUUUCACACCUUGUAAUCAUCUCGCUUGUUGCAUCGAUUGCAUCGAACGCUUAGAAACUAAUCGAUGUCCAAUAUGUAACCAAGUAUAUAAUGACUACAUUCGA